GACACAGAGACUCACCACAGACAAACAUGCCCAAAGACUGGUGCGAUUACACGAGUGAGGACGACGAACUCUUGUACAGCCAGGAGUUCAACCUGAUGGAGGCGUUGGGAUUAACACCUACCAACCCACAUCAGGCCUCUGGGCCACCAGAACAGGUGGUCCACACCUUUCAAAAUCCUCAAGAGUUUCUAACUCUUGAGGAGUUAGAACGGGAGCAGCUUGGACCUCAACACCACCAGAGGUCCAAGGAGGACGAGGAGAAGGGCAUGGCUUUAGUCAUGUCUCGACUCCAGGCUGCCUCAGCUGUUCAGGCCAGAGCCAGAGAAGAUCUGUUCAUCCAACCAGAUGAACUGAACAACCAGCCUCAGUCCCGAGAUAUUGAGGGACUGGAGAAACAGGUCGCUGACCUGACAGCGCUGUUGCAGCAACACGUAGACGAUUCCUGCAGAAAAUCAGCAGAGUGGGAAACAGAAAAGCAGAGACUCCAGCAGGACUCUGCUGAUCUGAAUUCCAAACUCCAGGAAAAGUCUUUGGAAAAUACUGCUCUGAGAGAACGCAACUCUCACCUGGAGCGUACUCUGGCCCAACUUGAAACAGACAGGUCAUCUCUGGAGCUCAGACACCAAAAGGAGGCUGAGCUGAAGGCCCAGAGGCUCCAGGAACUAGAGAACAUGCAGACACAGGUCCAAAACAUUGUGCAGACCCGUGAGAAGCUGCAGGACUGCCUGAGGAGGUCUCAGGAAGAGCACUCCAUCCUCAAAAAAAGGUACGGGGCUCUGAAGAAGGAACUGGUGCAGGAGGUAGAACAGGAGAAAAACAUCAGUGCUGAGCUCCAGAAAGAAAAUGCCACCAUUCUGAAGUCCUGCCAAGUGCUAAGCAUAGAGCGCUCCCUGCUGGAGGAGAAGUGCAGUGGACUAGAGGAGCUACUCGAGACCUUCGAGAAAGAGUGCUCCCUGCUAGAGACAAAGACCACUGCCCCUCCAACAGCAGUCGAGGCAUGUGAUGCGGUGCAGGAAAAACUGAGGAGGUGUGAGGAAAAGAACUUCCUGCUCACUGCAAAUCACUGUGCUCUAGAGCAGGAAGUUAAAGAGGAAAAACAUGGCAGAGCACAGUUAGAAAAUGAGAAGGUUGCCAUGUUGAGCACCAGUAAAGACUUCCAGGCAGAGCGCUCCCUGCUGGUGGACAGGUGUGGCGCACUGGACCACGCCCUGACUACAACUCAGGAAGAGCUCUCCCUGCUGACUGUAAAGAACAGGGCUCUACACCAGCAGAUAGAGCAGGAACAUCAGCUGAAGACUGCUUUAGAAGAAGAGAAAUCAGCUCUCGUAAACACCUGUGAGAAGCUGAACACAGAGCUCUCCCUACUGCUCCAAAGAUUCAACGUCUCGGAGGAAAAGUAG